AUGUUAGUUAUUGAGGAGCAUAAGAUAACAUCACCAAUCAAUGACAAGUUACAACAAACAUCAACAAUAAUACAUAAUAUAAUCAAUGAGAUCAAGAACAUCAAUAAUAUAUUCAGACCUAUAAUAACAACAACAACAACAUCGACAACAAAGUGCUCAACAACAAGUGAUGAUGAUGUCUUGGACUUUGACUUUGAACUUGAUAUUGCGAUGAGUGAUAUCGUUCGUUCAAUCACAUCUUGUGACUCUAUCGAUCAGUUCAUCGAUCAAGCAAUACCAACACAGUCAUCCACCUCAUCCUCCUCAACAACACCAUCGUCAUGCGAUAGCACUCAGACCUCGGUAACAGACAAUGACAUUGAACUGCUGAUAACUAUUCAAGGUAUUGUGGAGGCGAUGAACACGACACAACAUCAAUUGGUCAGACCAUGUACAGUGGAGGUUGACACAGACAUGUUGGACUCAAUCAAAGAUCACCUUCAAUCAUGCUUCAGACUGUUGGACGACAAUGAUGAUGCUGAGAAGUACACACAUGGUCUUGAUCAUCAUGUGAUGUGCAUCGGUCAGGAUUCAUACUCAUUGUUCAAUCCAAUCAGCAAUGAAUGGACUCAUGUCAGAGAUGAAGGGAAUAAGAACAUUGAAUACCUAUUCAUGUCAACUGUAUAUGCACGUGGAAGAGUGUAUCUAUUUGGUGGAGGCAUCAACGACGAAGCCGAACAAGCACUAUACUCAAGGUUCAAUCUAGACUCUCGACGGUGGGAUCUUCAACAAUCAAUCGAUAAUGUGUCAGGUGGAUAUACCAUCGCCUCUUGCUAUGAUGGCAAUCAGCUAAUCUACUUGGUGGGUGGCAUAUCCGGUUCAACAUACUUGACACGAGUGGACAGCUUCAACAUUGACACCCAACAGUUCACUCACGUUGGGGAUCUCAAUCAAGAACUGACUGCGACCUACCUAGUGCACCACGACAACAUACUCUACUGCAUCGGUGGCCGCUCCAAAGACAACCCCCUGUCUGGCAAGUGCAUCUAUACAUUCAACCUGACCACCAAAGAACAGACUACCGUCGACUUGCCAACAUAUGUUACAUCAUAUUGCCAUGAUGGACGUGGAAUGCUGUAUCUGUACUCCAAAGCCUUCAACAGAAUGUCAUUGUCCACAAUGGAGCUUGUAACACUUGCAACUCCACCUCAUUGUCCUUUAAGGAUGAAUAAUAUGGUAUACAGUUCAACAUCACCGUCAAGGGAGGAGACAAUACUCCUGCUUCAAGGCCACGACUUCAACUUCCGUUACUCAAUCAAACAUAACGAGUGGACCAAGAUCAACGACAAUGAUCCAAUAUCAAAGAGGGAUGAACAUGGAAUGUGUGUAUUAUACGACAAGCCUAUUAAACAAGGUGAUUAA